CAUCAAGGCGGUCGUGUCGCAGGCAAUCCUAUAGUCUUUGGUAGGUCUACCAACCAAGUCAGCAUAUAUCAGUGCACCAACCACAUUCCCUAUUUCUUUCUUUCUUCAAGCAAGCAGAAUUGCGGCAAGAUGGGUAAGGUAAAAUGCUCGGAGCUGAGGACUAAAGACAAGAAGGAGCUGCUUAAGCAGCUCGACGAGUUGAAGACAGAACUCACAAACUUGAGAGUUGCAAAAGUGACAGGAGGAGCUGCGUCAAAACUCUCCAAAAUUCGCGUGGUACGCAAGGCUAUUGCACGAGUUUACAUCGUUAUGCACCAGAAACAGAAGGAGAACUUGCGCCUGUUAUUCAAGAACAAGAAGUACAAGCCAUUAGACCUGAGGCCAAAAAAAACCAGAGCUAUUCGUAGGGCAUUAACGCCAUAUCAGGCUAGUCGUAAGACUCUUAAAGAAAUUCGCAAGAAAUCAGCUUUCCCAAGUCGGAAGUAUGCUGUCAAAGCGUAAUACACAUUGAUCACCUAAAUGUCAAGAGUAUUUGAAUAAAAUCUUACAAUAAAGUUUCUGUGCGGAUA